AUGAGGGUAGGUCGAUGAAUUUCCCCAUAAAAGAAACUUAAGGCACUGAGUUUGCACAGUAGGUCCAGUCAAGCCCGGUGACAGGCAGAACCAGCCGGUGUUCAGAGUUUAGGCGGGAAGCGGAAGAAAGAGCAGCCCGACGUCCAGUGCUUCUCUUCGGUAGCGGCAGAACAAUUUGACUCUUAAUAAAAGAAAACCAGCCCGGAGAAGUGGAACAAGGCUGUUUAUGUGUCUGCAUUUCAUCAAGACACACAGGCUGCGGCAGCAGGUGGUUCCUUAUCAACUAAAGACACUACUGCAGAGGGUGUGAGAUGGAAGGUGAUUAGGAAGGUGAAACACCAAAAUUGAUAAUCGGAUGAAAAGGAAAAGAAGAUCAUGGCUGACAAACUUGACCAAUCACCCGAGGUUUGGACCGAAUCUCAAGUCAGCACCUGGCUGAAAUCAAUUGGAGUGCAGGAGCAGAACAUAAAAAAGCUUUAUGAGGAAGAAGUAAACGGACAAAUCCUUCUUACAUUAAAUGAGGAGUUUUUAAAGGCUAAGAUUUGCAUGAAAUCAGGGCCUGCUCAUUUGAUCAUUAAAAAGAGAGAUGAGCUCAUCAACUCAAAGCAACGAGAGGUUAAGCAAGAGAAGAAAAAGCCCAGCAGUGGUAAAAAAACUGAGUUGGAAUUGAAAUCAGUUCAGUGUGUUCCUACAGCAAGUGGAGACCCUCCUGCACAGACUCAUGAGAGUGUUGAAGAUGUCUCAAAAGAGAGACAAACUUCAACUUCAAAGGAAGAUUGCAGACAUCGACCAUUUGAUCAAGAAGGGAUUGAUUUCAUGUAUGUAAAGCACAGAGUCCUGCAACCAGCAUCAGGUGCUCUUGAUCUCAUAUCUCCAUGCCAUGAAUUUAAGUCAUUUGCCAUAGCUGCUGCAUUGGAUCGCACAAGACUCCAAGCUAAGUUUGCAAAAGAGGUCCUUAAAUUUGCCACUGGCUGUAUGAACAUUAGAUCAAAUGGUACAAUACACUUUGGUGUGAUGGACAGCAAGGAGGAUGCAGGUUAUGUGCAUGGUGAGAUAAUUGGUAUCCCUGUGAAAGAGAGAGAUAUUUUUGUAGAUGCUUUGGACUACAUUGAAAGAAGUGUCUGUUCUGACAAGGAGCAUGUACGCCAGUGUGUGCGGCCUCCAAGGUUCAUUGAAGUUAUGGACUGGGAAAGUACAGAAAAGAAGUAUGUGGUAGAGGUUGACAUUGUGCCUUCUAUUAGUAUUGUUAAAAGCAAGGUGUAUGCAGUUCGUCUGCCAAACUUCAAAGAGAAAACUAGCAAAGUGGAGUUUGAAAAAGAAGCCAUCCUGCAGAGGAUGGGUUCAAAAACGGAGCCAGUGAUUGACAAAGACCUAAGUGAUUUCUACCAGAGAGUUAAAGAUCGGGAUGCACAAAGGAAAGAAGCAGAGAAAAUGAAGUUCCUUAGUGCCCCAGAAAACUGCCAAGACCUAGGACGGAAACUAACAAUGCUGAUGACAAAUGGGAAGAAAUUCAUGGAAAAAGAUAAAUGGUUCAUACUCAUCACAAAUAGAUUCCUACCUGAUGACCUUUGCAACAUUGACUGGCUGCUCAACAUGAACAUAUUCUGUGUUUUUGACUUUGACCCAGACUCAAAGAUAUCAGGUCUUUGCAGUAGAUACCUUCAGCAUCAUGCUGCAAACAUGCAUUCUCUACAGAGUUACAGGAUACCAGGUGACAUGAACAUCAAAGAAUUCACAAACCAGUUGCAUCUGUUUGAGCAAACAAGCUGGAUCUUUUGUAAUGGCCGAACUGACUACAAAGGAAAUGAAACUCUGUGUGAUGAAAUGACUUGGAUCAAGACAAAAAUGACUUUCCUGAAGGAGUCUGUGUCUUCGAUCUGUAAACAACUCUUGCCAAAAGGAACCUUCCAGGUCAUUUUUCUUGUCACAUCCCCAGUUGAGAAACCCCUCUUGCACACGUUUAAUGAGUUUUUCCCUGUCAUGGAAGGCCAUGAAGACAUCAUCUGCAUCUGUCCAUCCCAGGAUAACUUCCAUAAGUGGCAAAGCUUUGCAGAGGGGUUAUGCCCAACAGAAACUGUGAACAAUUCCAGUGUUGUUGGGAUGAAAAUGAGUCACAUUAAUGCAACUCUGCAGCAAGUACAACCCUUUAAUUCAUGUGCCAGGAAACACUUGCCAGUGUUCGUAAAAGGGACUUGUCUUCUUGAAACACAUGAAGAAGAACAGAUGUAUUCACUGGAAAUUCUGACAGUGGAUCAUUGUGAUGAAUCAAGCAAAGACUUCAUUGAUGAGGAGAAAGCAAACAUUGAACACCAGUUCUACCGUGGUGGGAGAGUGAACUGGUUGAAUUUUUGGCUUGCUGAGCACAAGUAUGUUGGAGAGGUCAUUGAAAGAGAUGCUUAUCAAGAAGUUUCCAAACUUCUCCGUGAAGCUUUGAAAUGGAACACAGAUGAAACUCCAGUGAAAAGUAUUAACAUCUACCACCAUCCAGGAAGUGGUGGAAGCACUGUGGCAAGACAAGUGCUGUGGAACAACAGGAAAGAUCUGAGGUGUGCAGUUGUGAAGCCCUCAUACUCCGCUUCUCUUGUUGCACAACAUGCAGUUGAACUAAGAGAGUAUGAAGAAAUAGAUCCACAGAAGUGUCUUACUGUACUGCUUCUCAUUGAAGACUCAGACAAAGAAUAUCUCGAUGAUCUCAGAAAUGAACUGGAGGUUGCUGUUAACACCAAAAGAAUCCAGUAUAGAACUUCAUGCUUCAUUUUGUUGAGCUGUAGAAGGUCCCAUGAGCCAGAGAGGAAAUGCAAGGAGUCUCCAUUACAGAAUGUGUCUGUCACUCACGAGCUGUCUGACGAAGAGAGGACAGACCCAAAGCAGUUUGGCAAUGAAUUUGGUCUGUGAGAGUGUGCUAUUUGAGCACAGAUUUGGAAGGGACGAAUAUGUGUCAUUCCUGAGAGCACUUUUCAUAACGAGAUCAAGAAUAAGCAAAGGAGACAAAUCUGACAGUUUUUUCUCUCCUCUGAUUGAGCAUGUGUGUGACAAGGAAAAAAGCCCAGCCAAAGCAAUUGAGUUGCUCACCGAGGCAUUUGAGCGUUUCCAUAAAGAUCCAUUCUUUGCACAACAACUUGCUCGUCUUCAUUAUACUUAUGAAAAGUUUGAAGAGGCAAAACACUGGGCAGAGACAGCAGCUAAACAGCAGCCAAACAACUCCUACAUACUCGACACAAAGGGGCAGGUGUACAGGAAAUGGUUCCAAGCUAAAUGCAAGGCCAUUGACAAUGACAAUGUGCCAAAGACGGCCCAAAAUACAGCAGAUGCUGUAGAGACCGCACUGAAAGCCCUUGAGUGUUUUCAAGAGUGUGAGAAAGCCGCUGGUGCAGACAAAGAAAAAGUGAACAAUUCAGGAUUUUUUGCUGAAGUUGAAGUUGGAUGCAGUCUUCUCAAACUCAUUUCUUCAUUGGAUGUGUUUGCACACAGAACCAAUGGUCAUUCAGAGUGUAUGAAGUACCUGUUGACAGAUUACAUUCCAGAGGAAGUUAAAGAUGCCUGGGAGCCAUUUCAUGGGCGUUUGAAAAAACUUCACAAAACAAUGCAAGCUGCUUUGGAGUGGAUUUCAGAAGACCUGAGUUACUUUCAGACAGACAUUGGUGCAGAUGAAGAGGACAACCCUGAAAGUCCUGAAGAGAAGAUUAGCCAACCACUGAAAUGGCUGGCAAAAAAAUCUUCAGAGUAUGGGAAGUACUUCAGUGAAGCCCACUCUUAUGCACCUCAGGUGGAAUCAAUCCCAGCCAAUCUAACUCCAUAACAAAAACGCAUGAUCAUCUACCAUCUUGGUGGGGGUAACGUUACAUCAAUUCUCUCCAAGCUCACUGACCAGAGAGAUGCAGUACGUCUCUUAGAGAACAUCCUUUCUCUGUAUCCCAGCAAUCCAUUAAAGGCAAAUUUUGGUCAAAGGGAUAUUGUCAAUUACAUCACGGCCCACAUUUCACUGAACUGCCUGUCUCCAGAUACUCAAAAGGUCACUCCUCUGAAAAAUCUACAGGCACUUUGUCGUCAGUUCCCUUCUGAUAAACGAAAAUGCUUACCAAGUGCCCUGUUCCUGCUCACCUUGCUGUUCUGGCCAGAGGAUCAUGACACAAAUCAUGAGAAAGAAACCAAAUAUGAAAAGGUACAAUCAGCAGUUGAACACCUGGAAAAAGACUACUGGAUGAAGAUGAAGGACAUUCCUCAGAGGAAAAGAAGGCUUUACACCCAUUUUUUUCUGGGCAGUGUGAAUGGAUUGGAUAAAUUUGUCCACAAGAAAAAGUUUGAAAGUGUCACCAAGGUGUUCUCAUUCUCUGAGAAACGCAUGAAGUGGUUUAGGGGUGAGCCAUGGAAACAACCAGAGAUUGCCAUGAUGCUGAAACGUGUGUCUGGAUGGACUGAAGAUGGAGUGGUGUACCUUGAUGGCCCCAAGAAAAAAAAGUUCAACAUCUUACAUCUUCAUGUGCCUUCAGUGCCUCAUAGUAAUGAGAACAUCACUUUCUACCUUGGGUUUACCUACAGAGGCCCCGUUGCCUGCAACAUCCUUGUGAAAAAAUAGUUUGCCUUUGAGCAAUCAUCCCUCAAGGCUGUUUUAAACUUGCUUGAACAUGGAACUAGCAUUGACUAGGCAAUAUUGAAAAGACAAAAGAGAAUAUCUAGAUGCACAUGGAACAGUAUUAGUACAUAUUUGUAUAUAUGUGUUUUUCAUUGACUUUGAAAAGACCAAAUUUGGAUUUCCUGAGUAUGAAAAUAACAAACCCCUUUUAGAUUUGGAGUUUACACCUGGCAUCACGAUGCCCUUCAAAUACAUCUCAAGUGUGAAUUUGUGUUUGUUUUGUGCUAACUGGAGCACAUGAAAACUGAAGUCUACUUAAGGGAUUUAAAGUAUUUGGUGACUCAAAUCUAGUGACCUGAAUAUAAAGUUUGACUUUAAAUGGAGUCAGAUUUAAAAUCAAGACACAUUGAAGGUCCAGACAUUAAGCACUGUUGAUUAUGUUAAUAGCUCUCUCAGCUUUGUUAUCCAGGAUACAAUGUAUAAAAUAGAAUUAUAAGGUACUACUUAUCAAAUGUCUUAAUCACUUCCUUGGGCUUUGUGUCUUUGCUUUCAAGAUAACUGGUCUUAAAGCAACAGUACCACAUUUAGUUAGAGAAUAAUGUGUAUUCAUUUUGAUGUGCUGCAAAAAAACAAAUAUUGAAUGUAGUGAUUGUGUAGGCCUACAUGUGGUAUCAACUUAACAGAACCUGUAAUAACCCCAGAUGCCCUUUAUAUGAAACAUUAAGUAAAUUCAUUGCCAGUCUGUACUCAAACUUUUACAUCUCUGCCUGUUUUAUUUCUUAUUUCUCGAUCAGUUUACACUUUUUUUUUACAUUUUGUACACUCCAGUUAUAUGGGAUUUCUUUAUUUAUGUUAACUUCAAAGGGAAAUGUUGUACCUGCCAACUUUGUUUUUCAUAAAUAUUUGUAACACAUGUGUUUACAUUCAGUAAAAAUUGUUUUCCAAAUUCUC